GAAAACGUGCUUCCGAGAAGGGAGUAGGGUCCGGAGCUGAACCCCCAAAGCUAGCGGAGCUUACUUGGAGACACUUUUUGGGGUUAGGUGAAACGGGGAGAAUUUUAUAUCUGUGGAAGUAGGUUGCCUGGGUUUCCUCAUACUUAGAGACCUUCCCUGUCCGUGCUAUCUGUCCCGCAUAAAAGGCCCUACUUAGCGCAGUAGGGAUCGAGUCCUUGUGACUUCUCCGGCGCGUCGCCGCCAAAGGAGCUUGAGGAGUCGGCCUUGCCCCGCCCAUCCUCCCUGGGAAGUCCUACAGUGCCCGCUGCCAUGAGGACGCUGCUGCGCGGGGUCCUGUGCCCGCUCCGCGCGUUCCGAAGCCGUCCCUGGCCCGCUGCAGAUGUGCCCCUUCGAGCCACGAGCCAUGGCACCGGCCUGCUCUACCCCGAACACAUCCCCACCUCCCCGCUGCAGAAGGCGCUGCUGGCCGCGGGCUCUGCUGGAAUGGCGCUCUAUGACCCGUAUCGCCACGACAUGGUUGCAGUUCUGGGGGAGACCACAGGAUGCCGUACCCUGAAGGUCCUCAGGGACCAGAUGAGGAGGGAUCCGGAGGGCGCCCAGAUCCUGCAGGAGCGUCCCCGGAUCUCGCUGUCCACCCUUGACCUGGGCAAGCUCCGGAGUCUGCCUGAGGGCUCCCUUGGCCGCGAGUAUCUCCGUUUCCUGGAUGUGAAUAGGGUCUCCCCAGACACCAGAGCGCCCACCCGGUUCGUGGACAGUGAGGAGCUGGCAUACGUGAUGCAGCGGUACCGGGAGGUGCACGACAUGCUCCACACGCUGCUGGGGAUGCCCACCAACAUCCUGGGGGAGAUCGUGGUGAAGUGGUUUGAGGCUGUCCAGACCGGCCUGCCCAUGUGCAUCCUGAGUGCACUCUUCGGACCAAUCCAGCUCAGUGCCCAAAACCUGCAAGUGCUGGUCUCGAAGCUGAUCCCAUGGGCAGUUCAGAAUGCGCGCAGAGCCCCGUGUGUCCUCAACCUGUACUAUGAGCGGCGCUGGGAGCAGCCCCUGAAGGCUCUACGGCAGGAGCUGAGCAUCACAGAGCCCCCCAUGCACGUCCAGGGCCCAGCCUAGGCCCUGAGCCCCUGAGCCGGAGGGCCUGGCCUGGCUCCCAACCCCCCACCCAUGCUUCCCCUGGGGGUGGAGCGCUCCUUUGCCAUCACCUUUGAACACUGACCCUUGGGCGCCACUAAUCAUAAUUUAUCAUAACCAAUGCUCAGUGGCUUUGAGGGCCAACUCGGGAGGGAGCAGGCAGUGGUGGAGCUCCUAGGGGAGCCAAGAGCUGCCCAAAGAGAACUGAAACAGGAGGGAAGGGGGCAGGGCACAACCUUUGAAAGAACAACAAAGCCUGAGGACAUGACAUAAACUGAUUAAAACCAAAUGGGUCCAAGAUGGCGGACAAGUCAACUUCCACUAGUCCUUGAGCUUCAGUAUACGCUCACUGCAGCACGUCAUCAAGCUAAGUGACACACCCCCAGGCGCCAUGACAGUUCCAAGGAUCCAUAAGGAUCAAAAAGUGGGCUGUGGCCCAAUUCCUGGAAAUCCCUGCCCCCCCCCAAAAAAAUAGCUGGAACACUCCCCCCACUCAUUAGCCUAUGAAAUCACCCACCCCUGUAAAAACUGGCAACCCACACACCCUGGGGCCUUUCUCGCCUUCUGAGGUGACCCACGCUCUGUCUGUGGAGUAUGUGUCUCUCUAACUAAAUCCACCUCUUACCUAUCACUUUGUCUCAUUGAAUACUUUCUGCAAUGAAACAUCAAGAACCUGAGCUUCAUUAAGUCCUGAAACCAGGUGUGUGAUCUCAGUUGGAAGAGUGUGGGUUUUGGUCGGGUUCGAGUCCUGGCAUGUGGGUUCAAGUUCCAAUCUGAGGUGCACGGUUUCAGAACCAUGUAUGCGUAGGAAUCAGUUGUCUAGGCUCAUGCCCAGAUGGCUCAGGUCCACAACCCCUGUUCCCAACCCCUCCCUGCCAGCCAGGGUUCUCUGGGUGCCAGGCUGGGGCUCUUCGCAGGAGGGAGGGCUGUACCCAACUCCCAAGGCCUGAGAAGAGGGAGGCAGGGGGAGAGGCGAGUCUCUGCUGUCUGAAUAAAGGCUCCCAUCAGUUCAAGAGUCUGCUUCUCCUGCCUUUGCUUCUCCCUGACUCUGGCAGCCUUGGGCCUUCGCGCACUGAGGGCAGAUGUUCCCUCCAGCCUGAGCUUCUGCUGCUUGUCCCUUGUCUGGUCUGAGGUCGGGCAGACUGGGAUUCAAAUUCCCCACUCCUCCUCCGCUUUCUAGUUGAGGGACUUAGGGCAAGUCCUUUCACCUCUCUAGACCUGUUUAAUCAUAAGUAAAAGGGGGAUGAAACAGCACCCACCUCCUAGGGUUGCUGUGGGGGUGUGUGAGGUGAUGCCCAAAGAAAGGGCCCAAGCAGGAGCUGUUUUAUGGUGGGGUUUUUUUUUUGGCUGUGUUGGGUCUUCGUUGCUGCACGUGGGCUUUCUCUAGUUGCGGUGAGCGGGGGAUACUCUUUGUUGCGGUACCCGGGCUUGUUAUUGUCGUGGCUUCUCUUGUGGAGCACGGGCUCUAGGUGCGCAGGCUUCAGUAGUUGUGGCACGUGGGCUCAGUAGUUGUGGCUCACGGGCUCUAGAGCGCAGGCUCAGUAGUUGUGGCACACGGGCUUAGUUGCUCUGCGGCAUGUGGGAUCUUCCCGAGCCAGAUUUUGAACCUGUGUCCCCUGUAUUGGCAGGUGGAUUCUUAACCACUGCGCCACCAGGGAAGCCCUCUUUUUUUGAAAACA